UUUUUCCAAUUCUCAUAUUGAUUUUCUGGAGUUUUUUUUUUCUUAUUUAAAAAAUCCAACUGAAAUGGAAUACUGAAAUUCAUAUUUAAUGCACUUUAUCUUUAUGCACUGAAAGCUGUUAAUUAAAGUUUGGCUUGGCAUUAAUAUUUUGUAAUCAGAUUUAUGAUGACAUACACUAAUUAACCCUUUUGUCGAUGUUUGUGAAAUUUAAUACAUUUUAAGUUUCAUGUACAUGUUGUAAUGACUAAAGUUGUAUUUCAAAUUAUUUCUUAAAUAUAAAAUCUGCAACAGUGUUUAUUCUACAAAUGCUAGAUACACAUAAUUUUCAUUGUUUUUGUAAAAUAUGGGGUUGGGGUGUGACUUUAAAACUGGGUUGUGUUUUAAAGGUACUCUUAAACAGCCACAUUAAAUAGCACGUUUUAUGGCUUCAAAUAAGAAUUUAAAUGUCAACAGAAUGCUAUUUUUAAAGUUUCUGAACAUUUUACACUUGUUCUUCCUCCCUCAUGGCCAUCAUUAAUUCAGAAUACAAUCCUCACUGUGUUGCAUAUUAUUUGAAUACAUGAAUAAAUUUUUCUUUUUAUUGCUUAAAAUGUUUUUUAAAUGAGCAACUUGACAUCUCUGUAUCUCUCUGUAAGCUGCAUAAAACAUUUUGUUUUCUAGACUCAGCUAAAAAGCUAGACUGAGCUUAAAUGUAUUUAAAAAAAAUAAAAUUUUGACAAUUUUAUCAUCAGCUUUAGAUACUCCUGAAAUGAAAAGAACAAAUUUUUAUUAGAUUUUUGAUGCUAAGUGAAAUAAUUUUUAUUUAGUUUUAUCAAGUUUUGAUAGUAAGCUGUAUAGUUUAUAAAGGAAUGUGAGGGCUCCCAUUGAAUUUAUUAUUUAAUAGCAGAAAUUUUGUUAAUAAUCAACAACAAUCAACACCUCCAUCUCAUCCCUUCUUGCUGUUUGCUUCUAUGCAAUACUUUACCUACAACCAACAAGAUGCUUCAGAAAUGGAUGAUGAUGAACUUUUAAGUUCUUCUGAAGGAUUCUACUUUAACCGCCGCAGUCUCCUGGCAACACCUGAAGAAUGUUAGUUUAAUUUUUUUUCAUCCAAUGAGAUAUCAUUGCUUAUUGUUUUUUUCUGCCAUUUUUUAAAAAUCCAUGCUUCAUUGUGUGCAUUGUUAUUUGUUUUACAGUUUAGUGAAUGCAUAAUGGUACACUAGUAUUGAUGCACAAACACAUGCACUUAAGUCUUUGUGUGCACUGUAAUUUGAAUCUGUUUAAUUAAAGUCUCUCUUUGUGGCAGCAACUUGUAAUCUGGUUUUUGUUGCUUUUUUGGGUAGGAAGAAAGGGUGGUGGGGAGCUUUUGCCUUUCUCAAAUUCCAUUUUAUGUUUUUGUUGUUUAUCAGUUCAGUGUUUGCCUUGAUAUGCUUUUGGAGAGACUUGCAUUGGAAUGAGUCUUAGCAGAGUAUGUCUUGAAAGCCCAAGAAAGGCUGACAGCUCCCCAAGUCUCAGCAGUGAAUUAAAACAUCUUCAUCGACAGAGGCGAGGAGAGCUCCGAGAAAGAGAGAGAAAGGAGGUAGAACAUGCCUACCGUGUGGAGAUUGCAGACUUAGAAGAUAAGCAGAGAGAAGAGAAAGAACAGAUAAUAAAAGCCUUUGAAAGGGAGAAGACUAGGAUGACAGAAGACUUUCAGGCAGUCAUGAAUCAGCGUCUGGCAGAGCAGCAGAAAGAGCUGCAGAAUAUUUUUGCUCUUGAAAAGCAGGACCUGCUGCAGCAGUAUGAGUCCCGCAAGAACUACAUGGAGUUGCAGCAUCAGCAGAAGAUUCAGCAAGUUCUAGCCGGCAGGGCAAGAGAAGAAAUUCAAGACAAGGAAAAGUUUCCCCGGAACCAGAUGAAGGAAAUUUCAGACUUGCACCGUCAUCUUUCCCAGAAUGAGUCCAUCAUACAAGAUCUAAAAAAAGAGAAUGCUGCCCUAAUAGCAAAAUUGUUGGAUGUUGAAAACAAACUGUCAUCUUGUCUUAACAAAGAACUUGUGUGGCAGAAAGAGUGUCAACAAAAGUUGCAAGAACAGCAGAGUGCCUUUGAGACCAAACUUCAAUCUGAGCUGAAGAGAGUUUUUGAUCAGGGAGAGUCAGCUCUAGAAGGAAAGUUAAAGGAUGACUUCUAUCAACUUGUGCAGAAGCGAAAGGACACAUUGCAUGAACAUCAGCAGCCUAACACAGAAAGUGGGUCAGCUUCUGAAAACUCUUUUGACAGAGAAGCACUUUAUUCUGCUUUUGAGCAGGAGAAGGUGACUCUUGAAAGUCACUAUGAAUCGAAGAUCCUCAACCUUGAGCAGGAGUUGGCAAACCUCAGAGAAGCUAGUAUCACAGAGCAGAAUGUCACUCACAGUCUGCAGACAUGGAGACAAGUGACGAUGAUGGCGACCAGUACGGAGAUGACUGCAGGCGAAAAGCAGAGGAUGCAGGGUGCGGAGGAAGUGAAGGUGCAGGCCGCUCACCUGAGAGAGCUGGAGUCUUUUUCAGGUCUGCAGGUGAGCCUUGUAGAGAGCCAGAGGCAUGCUAGCUCCCCGCAGCAGGCGCUUGUGGAACACAUGCAGCUGAGCGACAGAAUCAUGGCUGAAGCAGAGAAGCAGAGACAGGGGGAGCGAACUGCCUGGGAGGAGGAGAAGCGGGAAAUGCAGCUGCAGUUGAGAUCCACCCAGGACUUGCAUCGCAACUUGGUCCUACAACAUAAACAAUUGUGUCGGUCCAGCACGAAGCUGGCGGAGAUUGCCAAGGACUUGUAUGUGCGGAAUGUUGAACUCACCUGCGAACUGCAGCAGACGGAGAGAAGGCUGCGGACUGCACAGCGACAGUGUCGCAAACUGCAGGAAACAUGUCAGACAUGGCGCAAUACUGUGCAUCGCAUUGUCCGCCCUACCGGCCACUAGGUGACCAGCACUCGUUUGUCCACUGGAAACAAAAACCGCGGGAAAACGUUUAUUUCUUUUCAUGCUACAUGCGCUGUGCUACUGGGCUCGCUUAGCCUUUAGAUGGAGACCGUUGACUUGAGGGGAGGAUUGGAUACAGUCAAACAACGACGUCCACAACACCUAACAAAAGGUGGCGUGCCUAGAGAGCAGCAUCCGUUCACUGUAAUGAAGAGGUUUAGCAGCGACCAUUUUCGAAACUUUUUUUCAAUUACACUGGUUUGAGAAAGUGAAUUGUGCUGUAAGCUAAAUUCGCUAACACACUUGAUUUUUUUUGUUUCAAGGGAGAAUCUAUGAAAUGGCUUUUCCAGAAAAUUUCUUUGUGUGUGUGUGGGUGGGUGUGUGAGCGCGCCUGCGUCUGUGUAUUAUGUUUCUUUGUAUGUGUGAACUGUUUAAUUUUUCUAAAACUAAAAAAGCUCUACUUCUAAGAUUGAUUCUGAGACUGAAGAGUUCUACUUGUAAAACUGACGUUGUCCUGUUGUUGUCCAGUGUUUACCUUAUGUGCAAUGUGGCCUCUUGUAUAUUAAUGUACAUCAUACUGUUGAUCCGUCCUGUGCUCGUGUGUCACUUUAUGUCACAGACGAGAAAGAAUACAUUUUUCUUAACUUAAUUCAUAUCAUAAAGACACAUUUUGUUUGUACAAAAACUGCAGCUAUAUACCGUUAUUAAACAUGUUAAUAUUGCAGCUAUAUACUGUUAUUAAACAUGUCAACAAUUC